AUGUCAAGCGCUGAUUGAACUAUGAACUGCCCGCUCCAUUGGUAUGGCAGCGGAGACUCUUUAGUAUUCUUACUCCCUCUUUUCAAAAGGGUUAUAACAUUUAAUUUUCAGGUUUAAAAAUCCUAUUUGUAAUUAAUUUAAAAGAAAUGUCUAAUUUAAAUUAAUAAAAUUUUAUGCAUUUAAUAGAUUUCAUUAUAAUAAUCAUUUAUUACAUAUUAAAUAUUUUAUACUUACUCCCCCCCCUCCGUGAGUGAACAAAACCAUUAGAAAAAUCGCUAUUUUUUGCCCAAAAAAACCCACCCUCCGUGAGUGAACAAAAAUUUUUUAUGGAAAAAAAUUUUGAUAUAUAAAUGAUAAUUAGUAUAAUUAAAUCUAGAGCUAAUUCUGUUUAAUUUUAAACGAAUUGCUUUUAAAAAACAAAAUUUUGCAAAUUGAAUUAAUAUUUGCUUUCCAAUUUUUGUGAAUUAGGAUUUUUUUAAAUUUCGAAAAAAAAAUAUUUUUUAUAAAAUUUAUAUAUAAAUUUUUUUUAAAAAAAAAAAAAUUAAACCCCCCUCCGUAAGUGAACAAAAUUUUUUUUGUUCACUCACGGAGGGGGGGGGAGUUAAUACAUUUUUUACCUCGCUGUUCAAUUUCCCAAAAAUAUGAAUUUUCCAAUUUCUUAAUAGGGUUAGGACUUGUAAGCCUUACUUAGAUUGGUCUCACAUUGAUGGAAUACGGCCUUUCAAGGAAAGGAUUUGGAAAUCAUCUCAUGUUCAAAAAUUGGGUCCAAUUUUCUGUAGGUAUUGUGGCAUGGUGGCUUAUUGGCUAUGCCUUUUCCUUUGGUAAUGCUGGAAAUCACAGCAACUUUAUUGGUGAGAAGUAUUUUGGAGGCGAAGAUUGGCUUCUCGACAGGAUUAGUAACCAUGGCGCCUGUGCUUCCUAUUUCGCUUUGAUAGGCUUCUUUGUGAUAUUUAUUAUCAAUGGAGCUAUCAUGGAAAGAGCGCACUACUGGGUCUACCCAUUCCUAGCUUGGUGGGUUAUGGUUUGGAUUUGGCCAGUAGUUGUAGCCUGGGGAUGGGGCUGGGGCUGGCUUAUGGGAGAAGUUGGAGAUGAAAACAACCUAUACCUCAUAAAAUUAUAUAUUAAAUAAUAUAAAAAAUAGUUAAAAUCCGCCUAAUUAAUAAAAUUGUAUAUAAUUGACUACGGUGGAGCAAUCACCAUCUAUAUUUUCGCUGGUACUUUCGCCCUUGUAGGCGCUAUUAUCAUUGGAAAAAGAGUUGGGAGAUUUGACCAAGAGCACGUCCAAAGCGGGUUUGAAAUGACUCACUACCCAAUUUAUGUCAUUGGAGCUUUACUGACUAUUUUGGGCGUCUGGUCCAUUAACAUUGCUCAAACCGAAACUUACUUACUUAAUUAUCUAUAGCGUUUAACGUCCACUACGGGGUAGCCAUUUCCAGAGCUGCCACCAUAUUUAUUCUAGUCGAGCCUAUGGAACUCUAAAUCGAUCCACUUUGUUACAUCAGGAGAGGGGACAAAUACAGCGUUCCGGCUUCGACGGGCUGCGUUGCCUCUUUCUUCCUUGACUCAGCUCUUGGGCGUGUUCCGCCUAAGGGUCACCUUCCUCGGGUGUGCUGAGAGGUAAAACUUCGAGCCUCUUGAUGUACUUGGAGCAGUGCCUCGGCUUAUCUGCCAGAGUUAAACUGCUAUUGCUGUACAGAAGUUCUCAGAAGAAAACCUACCAAUAAAUAAAAUUGCUUGAGGGGAGAGAAAAUUAGCGGAGCUAAUUUCACUCGAACCGAAUGCCAUUUUAUUUAUGCUCAAACCGAAACAGCUAAUGCUUUUGGCAUUGCAGAAGUAAAUACUUGGAUUUGUGGAGGCGCCUCUUCAAUUGUUGCUCUUAAACUUCUUACUUUGGGACAUAGAGACUUGAGAAUCCAUUACAUUUCUGUAUUCCAAGGAUUCAUUGCUGGGCAAGUACUUAUUUCUUCUUCUGCUUUUGAUACCACUCCUUGGCAAUCAGGAAUUUGUGGACUCAUGGCUGGAAUUGCCUUCUUCUUAACCCGUUUAGGUUGAGCAAAUUAUUUUUAAAGGUCUUUUUCAGAAAUUUGAUAAUUUUUUAAUUAAAUUUCUUAUUAGAAUGCCAAUAUCAUACAAAAUUAGCUUAAAAUUGUCAUUAACAUAGAAAAACUCCUUCUCCAAUAAUACUUUGUAUUGUAAUCGUAAGGGUGAUUUAGGUGUUAAGUGUUGUGAAAUGUUCAAAAUUGAUGAUCCUAUGAAUAUCACUGGAACAUUCUUCUUCCCAGGCCUUAUUGGAGGAUUUUUACCUGGAUUUAUAACUGAUUCAUAUGGAGUCUUCUGGGAAGGAACUGAAGGGCAUACCCUCUCAACUCAAGUUGUUGGUGUUUGUGUAAUUUUUGGAUGGUCAGCUUUCUGGGCUAUUAUUACUUUUGGAAUUCUAAAGUUCCUUAAAAAGCACAGACUCUCAGACGAGAUACAAAAGGCAUCAUUACUCCAGAAUGGAUAUUUUGAAAAAAAAAUGCAAAAAAUAAAUAUUAAAAAAUAUUUUUAAAAAAUCUAAAAAAAAAAGUUAGAAAACUGUGAUAUUGCACAAGAAGGAUUCGUCUUAGGAGGAGGACAAAGAAUCGAAGCAGAAAUGGUAAAAGCAUCAUAA